CGUCAUAGCGUGAUCUCACGAUCAGUAUCCAUUUAUUUUGGUUAACCACAAAUUCCUGUUUGUCUAGUCGCUGACCUGAAAAUUUCUAUUGUUUUGAAAUAUUGAUACACAAUCAUUGUAACGAUUAGGUUUCCACUGAAACCAGUAAACGGUUCCAAUUUGUGAUUUUUAUGUUAAUUCGUGUUUGAACGUGUUUGUCCAGCAGAGUCUACAUCAUGGCGCAGAAGGCCAACUCCUUUUUCAAGGGUCUGGAGGAUUCCUUUCGGGAUCUGUCUUUCGACUCCCCUUCCUCCAUCGCGUCCCGUUCCCUCCUGGCCAGUUCCCCGCCGCAGCAUUCUCUGGAAUUCGGAACAUGGGCCAAUCCGUCUCCCAGUCCGACGCUGGAACGUGGCGUGCCCGUGUUACCUCCUCCGCUGACUCCGCUGGGACGCUACAACCGUGGAAUUCCCAACAGCUCCCGUGCAGCUCGAAUGGCCAUCCUGCGGGAUUCCGGGAACAGUCAUGUGGUCUGGAGCGGGACGCUACCACCGCGCAACUGUCGCACAAACUCGCCGUUCUCCUGCAAGGUAUUUUUGGGUGGUGUGCCGUGGGAUAUCACGGAAACGGACUUGCAGAAAACGUUCGGAGUUUUUGGCCCACUGCGCGUGGAAUGGCCGGGUGUGCACGACCACUCUUCAACGCAGCGUCCAAAAGGACACCUGUACCUGCUGUUUGAAGACGAGCGCUCGGUGAUGAAGCUGUUGGGCCGUUGCUCCUACGACGGCCACCACAACCAGCACAACUGGUUCUACCGCGUGGCCAGUCGGCGGAUGCUGGGCAAGUCGGCGCAGGUCAUCCCGUGGCAGCUGGCCGAUGCCACCUACGCGCUGCACGGUUACGUGCCCACUCCGGGCACACCCUACCGCAUCUUCGUGGCCAAUCUGCACGGGAUGAUUACGGCCGAGGGACUGGGGCGGAUCAUGAAUGAUUUGUUCGGCGGCGUCAUCGCCGCCACACUGGACACUGAUAAGACAAAGUACCCGAUCGGGUCGGGCCGCGUCACCUUCAACAACCCGACCAGCCACCUGAAAGCCAUCACCGCGGAGACAGUGGAGAUCCGGACGGCCAAGUUCACCCGCCAGAUCAAGAUCGACCCCUACCUGGAGGACGCCAUGUGCAGCACCUGCGGCCUGCAGCCGGGCCCGUACUUCUGCCGCGAUCUGCACUGUUUCGACUACUUUUGCAGCGGCUGCUGGCAGGCCCACCACGCCCUGCUGCCCGUCGCGCCCGGCCAACCGGUGCAUCUGCCGCUGGUGCGUCCGGCGCGCCAGCCCACCCAGGAGCAUUUCUGAACGUGCGGAAGCGUCGUUUUUUUGAAGAUUUUUUGAGAUUUUAUUUAGAAGAUGGUGAAGCUUUCUUUUUUAAUUGUAGAAUUUAUUGUUUGGAAAUUUCUCAGGUUAGGAAAAACGGUGUGAGAGAGCGUUUUUAUCGUUGCGACUACAAGUUGUGCGUGUACCUGUGUGUUUGUAAUUGGUGAAGGGCAUUUUUUUGCGGCAGUUGUCAAUGUUUUCUUUGGAAGUUUGUAAAGCGUUGUCGAACGGUUUUUGUUGGGUUUAUGGUGGCGCUGGGCGCCGUGUUGGCGUCCAGUGCGCUGCAGAGUUUCGCGCUGUUUACAGAUUCCGAUUUUUCGCAGUCUUUCCCGUAUAUUUUUCGACUGUGCUGCACAUUUCCGUGUGUAUUCGGGGGAAUUCUUAAUUUCCCAUCUGUUGUAAUUAAUCGUUGUUUGUUUUCUGUUACUUACAAAUGUUGCCGGUGUUGUGAAAAUCCGAAAUAAAUUGAACUAUGUUA